AUGGCCAAGGGACUCCUGGUGACCUAUGCCCUCUGGGCUCUAGGGGGCCCUGCUGGGCUCCACCAUCUGUACCUGGGAAGGGACAGCCACGCCCUCCUCUGGAUGCUCACCCUGGGUGGCGCUGGGCUGGGCUGGCUCUGGGAGUUCUGGAAGCUCCCAAGUUUUGUAGCUCAGGCCAACAGAGCCCAGGGCCAGAGGCCGAACCCAGCAGUGGGGAUACCCCCUCUGAGUCCCAUUCGUUUUGUUGCCCAAAUCCUAGUGGGUAUCUAUUUUGGCCUCGUGGCUCUGGUCUCUCUUUCUUCAAUGGCCAACUUCUACAUUGUGGCUCUGCCCCUGGCAGUGGGCCUAGGGGUCUUGCUGGUGGCUGCUGUCGGCAGCCAGACCUCAGAUUUUAAGAACACGCUCGGGGCAGCAUUUCUCACCUCUCCCAUUUUCUACGGUCGCCCUGUGGCCAUCCUGCCCAUCAGCCUGGCUGCCAGCCUCGCAGCCCAGAAGCACCGGCGCUACAAAUCUCCCGUAAGGUCUGAGACACUGAGCGUGCGGCUGUACCGCCUGGGCCUGGCCUACCUUGCUUUCACGGGCCCGUUGGCAUACAGCACCCUUUGCAACACGGCUGCUACCCUCCGCUAUGUGGCAGAAACCCUGGGCUACUUCCUGAGUUGGUUCAGCUUUUUCCCACUGCUCAGUCGUCUCGUGGAGGGUCUCCUCCUCCUGCCUUGCCGUGCCUGGUGGCUGCUGCUGGGGAACCCUGGCUUCAGCAGCAGCUCCUUCCAGGAGUGGGAGAAGCUCUAUGAGUUUGUGGACAGUUUUCAGGAUGAGAAGCGGAGGCUGGCAUCCCAGGUUUUGGACCUUUCAGAAGGGGCGACAAAUGAAGAAAUACAGCAGCGCUACCGGGAGCUGGUGAAAGUCUGGCACCCGGACCACAACCGGGAACAGUCAGAGGAGGCCGAGAGGCGAUUCCUGGAAAUCCAGGCUGCGUAUGAAGUCCUGAGUCAGCCCAGGAGAGCCAGGGCAACCGGGAGCUCCGGGCAGUUUCGGCUGUUUCCGCCAGUUCCCGCUCGGGCCCUUCGCUCCCGGCGCGCGCGCUUUCCCCCGUCCCCUCCUCCAUCCCCCGCGCCGGCCCGCAUCUCCGGGCCCGCCUCGGCGCGUGAGGCGGCGGCCCCCGACACACCGGCCGGCUCCCAGGUGUCCGGCGCGCCGGCCUGCUCCGCGCGCCCGUUGGCGGCGGCCACGGCCUCGAGCACGCGCCCCGUGCGCCGGGUGGCCGCGCGCGCGCACUCGCGCGGGCUCCGGGGCGGGGCGGGCGGCUCGAGCCCCGGUGAGGGAGCCGGUGCGGAUCCGCGGGGCGCUCGGGGGGCCCCCCAGCCGCGCCUGCGAUUCGCCGCCGCCCGCCGCCCGGCCCGGCCCGGCGGCGACGCGGGGAAGGUGGCGGUGGAGGCGGGGCGCGCCGGGGAGGAGCGCGGCGGCCGCGGCGGAGCGGGCGGCGGAGGCUCGGCUCUCCUCUCCCUCAGACGCGGGAGCGUCCGGGACGCAGAGCCCGGAACUGGGAGGACGCGGCGGCGGCGGGGUCCGGCCGGGCUCUCGGUGAGGCUGCGAGGGGGCGCCGAGUGCAGGGAGGGCAAGGGGGAAGGGACAGUUGUGGGGGGUGGGGUGCGGAGAGGAGAGCGUGGGGAGGUCUCCCGGGGGUCCGUGGGGACGGACGACCUCCCCGGCUCCGAGUUGGGGGCGAGUUUCCAGAAGGAUGGGGUCGCGGAACAAUGGCGUGAGGGGGACUCUCGUGUGAGGGUGUGCGAGCGGGGUCCUGGGUUUGAAGAAGCGAGGAGCGAGAGCGAAAAGAAUGAAAGAAUGGAUCGUGGGGGGGGGGCGGUGUGA